AUGGACAGUUAAUAAUAAUAACCAUAAUAAAUAUUCUAAGAUAAUCAUUUUUAAGUGCUUGGGAGUAGGUCAGAUAAGGAAUCAUUAUACAUAGCCAAGAUUUUCUUAAGAAGGUUUGGCAAUGUAGAGUUACAUUCAAAUGGAGAAGCCACUAAUAUAAGCGUUAGAAUUGCAGAAAGAUUUCAAAGAGAAGGCAUUGCUACAAUUACUAAAAUUGAUUAAUUUACUAUGAAAGCAAAUGAAAAAUAAAUAGUGAAAUUUAUAGUAUCUUUAAAAUUGACAUCGGAGGGAAAGUGCAGAAUAGAUGAAGAAUUAAAUUGA